UAAAACAAGAGAGCAUGGAGCCUCCUGCGUUGGUCUGACCCAGUGAGUGUGUGUGAGUGUGUUUGAAUGAGUGUGUGUGCUGACAGGGGUGACAUUCUGCUGGUGUUUUAACUGUUAUGGACUUAAUGAAAACCUUCAAAUUCCGGAUAUUUACAUGAAACAGCGAUGCCCUGUGUACAAACCCAGUAUGCAUCCCUGCCCCAUGACAGCUUCUUCAGCUCUGAGUUCUUGAAUCCUGACCUCAGUGCCAAACUGGUGAUGGACAUCAGUGACCCAAAGGAGCAGCUGUCAACAUCUUCACUGCCCAGUAUCAAUACCUUGGUGGGAAAUGGUUACAUGGGGGAGUUUGAUGCUUAUUCCUGCAAGAUUACCACCUCUCCUCCCGCCUCUACAGUUUCAUUCAGCCAUGCCACAGUAGCUGAAAGCUCCAGCCUACAGCCCCAAAACCAAGCCUUCAAGCUGGACGAUCUCCAGGUGUAUGGCUGCUACCCAGGAUCCUUUGCAUUCAGCUGCCUUGAUGAAACACUGUCAUCAUGUGGCUCUGACUACUAUGGUAGCCCCGUGUAUGCCACUGCUUCUCCUCCAACGCCAGGCUUUCAGAGUGAAUCUGCACCUGUUUGGGAUUCCCCUUUCACCUCGUACUCCACAGCGCCCACGUCCUCUGUGGCUGAUAAGGCCGCCAUGGCUCAGCAACUCUCCUUUUACAACUUCAGCCAUGCAACAGAGCAGCACUCUCCCCUGGGGCAGCAUCAGGAUGCUCACCCGGGCCAAGACGACUCUUUCUUCCUGUCUCCUCAGCAGCAUGUCUCCCCACUUCAUUGCCCUCCAAUGUCUCUGGAGCACGGACCUCUGGAAAGCCCCAGGGUAAUGGAGGGGACUAUGAUGUCUCCUAAAACCCCCAACCCGGGCUCCAGUGAGGGCCGCUGCGCAGUUUGUGGUGACAAUGCAUCCUGUCAGCACUAUGGAGUACGCACCUGUGAGGGAUGCAAAGGUUUCUUCAAGCGAACAGUCCAGAAAAAUGCAAAGUAUGUGUGCCUCGCUAAUAAAGACUGCCCAGUGGACAAGAGGAGGAGAAACCGUUGCCAGUUCUGCCGCUUCCAGAAAUGUCUCGUAGUGGGAAUGGUCAAAGAAGUUGUUCGCACAGACAGCCUUAAAGGUCGCAGAGGUCGCCUGCCCUCCAAACCUAAGACCACAGUCGAGGCUUCCUCCACAACCCCAAGUGUCAACAUCAUCACUUCUCUUGUCAGAGCUCAUUUAGACUCAAACCCAACCAUCGCAAAGCUUGACUACUCCAUGUACCAAGAAACUACAGACAACUUGAAAGAAAAGGAGGAUGCCAAUGAUAUCCAGCAGUUCUACGAUCUGCUGACGGGUGCCUUAGAAGUGAUAAGAAACUGGGCUCAAACGGUCCCAGGAUUCACAGACUUCUGCACAGAGGACCAAGAGCUUCUACUUGAAUCCGCUUUUGUUGAGCUCUUCAUCCUCCGCUUGGCAUACAGGUCGAAUCCAGAGAAGAAAAAGUUGAUCUUCUGUAAUGGCGUGGUUCUUCACCAACUGCAAUGCGCCCGAAGUUUUGGCGGCUGGAUCGAUUCUAUCAUGGACUUCUCCCAGAGCCUUCACCGCAUGAACUUGGACAUUUCACUGUUUUCUUGCCUCGCAGCACUGGUCCUCAUCACAGAUCGCCAUGGCCUCAAAGAGCCCAGACGGGUCGAGGACUUUCAGACUCAUCUCAUCACUUGUUUAAGGGAACACGUUAGCGGAUCAGAAGUGUGCCGCACGCAUCCUAACUACCUGUCUCGUCUUCUGGGCAAACUCCCUGAACUGAGAACUCUGUGCACGCAAGGCCUGCAGCGUAUCUUCUACCUGAAACUGGAGGACCUGGUCCCUCCUCCACCAAUAGUGGAGAAAAUCUUUAUGGACACUCUUCCAUUCUGAGUAAACAAAUGUGUUGUUUAUAAGAAUGAUAGACACAAAGUAGGUGGAAUGCACCAUUGUGGGCUUUUAUAAACAAACUAGCAUACUGACGUGUGUGCUGACGUGUCUGGUAUCAUUCAAGAGACCAUUAUUUUUAAGUAUGGUGCCUAUGUGACUACUAAUGGUAUCAACAUUUCAGGACACUGUAUAUAUAUAUUUUGUGUGCAUUUGUAGAAUGACUUUAUUGCUGUGCUAGAAAUGUGAAUCUUGUCCUGCUAUGCAGCUUGUUGGAUAUCUGGGUCGAUGCAAUGCAGUGUUAAACACACAGAAACACACUAACUACUUAAAGACUGCGCGCUAAAAGCUUGCUUGCUAUAGCCCCGCUACGAAGCUGAGAUAGUACAUUAUCUAGCAAAAAAAAGGCAGGCAGACCAACACACAUCCAGUCUAUGACAAAGAACGUUUAUUUCAAUAGGGAAAUAUUAUAAUAUAUAUUAUAAUAUAUCUUUUUAUCAUAAUAUAUAGCUGUAGUCCUAAGUGUACUGUGGAAGGUCUUGGACCAAAGUUUACCAAAGUGUUUUUUUUUUUGAUACCACCAGUUACAAACCGUAUUGCCUUAACCUAAAUACUCUGCUGUAGUUCUUGUAAAGGCUGGUGCUGGCAGAACUACCGGUAGAUUGCAUGUACCUGGAACAACAUGCUUCGUGGCCUUUUAAGAAUGAAAAUGGACUUGCUGAAUGAAAAUACAAAGUGCCUUUUACAAACGUCUCAGUCCAUGAACCACACUAGGUGACAUUAAAUAAUUUGUCAUUCCAAACGUCAAAUACAGCAAGGACAUUAUAUUACAGACGUAAAUCACCAUCAGAAAACCGGAUAAGAUUUCUGCUCUUUUUUUAAGUCUCCAUACAGUUUGAUGACAAUAAUAAUCCACAAUGUCCACACAGUCUUCUUAGCCUCUCUAUGAAACACCUACAUCACAAAUGCUUGAGAUUUCGAACAUUCGAUAUUUCUUGUUUGACAUCAAUUGUUCUUGUGUGCAGAUGUGUCACAUGUUUUGAACCAAUUCUGUCAUCUCCCCUCCUGUCUUCCACUUUGUUCUGAAUUGUGCAGUUUGUAUAUGCUGGAUUUUAUUUUAUUUUAUUUUUUUUACUUUUUUGUUUUAUUAUUUUAAUCUCAAAACGAACUAAAAAAAAAUUCUUAAGGGGAUCACAGUGAAAUGUGAUGACAAGAUGCGCAGCUAAGAGCACCUGAAACGGUGUUUUCAACCUGUAUGUGGUUUUUUGGGACGUUUGUGUGCACGGUAUUGCCAGGCCUUUUGUAAAGUGGUGCAGACGUAUUAAAAGGCAGAGAUACUUGCUAUUAAAUUGUUUUGAAAGUA